UGCUCAUCAGACAGUCUGAACGUUGCUUGAUCCUAAUAUUCAACUUUCACUUCGGCUGCUUCUUAGCGGCUUACUUGGAGUACCGCUUUUUGUUUGGGCCAAGUUGUUGGGCGCACAAACAGUUAUGCGGUCGUCGUCGUGUCAUCAGCUCCCGCAAUAAGACAACAAAUUUAUGUACACGCACGCAAUUGGGCGCCUACAACAAAAACAACAACAACAACAACAACAUGACUACUUUACGGAAUCGGGAGAAUACAAGAAUACCGGAAACGGAACAGCAGUUGGGAAACAGCAGCAACGAUAACAACAAUGGGAAACCUGCUGUGCCCAAGGAGAAAAGUGAUCCCAUGAUAUAUAUUAUAUUUGUAUCACUGCUAUUCGAUUUGCUGGCGUUUACCAUCAUUUUGCCUUUGUUGCCAUCGCUCUUGGAAUAUUAUCGCGUAAAUGAUAGUUCCGGCCUGUAUGCCUGGCUUACGACGCGCGUGCGUUGGUUCCAGCAGCUUCUGGGUGCACCGGAUCGGUAUUUAUCGGUGCUAUUUGGCGGCUUUCUGGGAUCUAUGUUUAGUUUUCUACAAUUCCUGGCCAGUCCCAUUGUGGGAAGCCUCUCGGACUACUAUGGACGCAGGCCCGUUUUGUUGAUUUGCGCUUUUGGCAUCGCGCUAUCCUAUCUUAUCUGGGCAUGCUCCAGCAAUUUUGCCCUAUUUGUGCUGGCACGCGUCGUGGGCGGCAUCAGCAAGGGCAACAUUUCGCUCUGUAUGAGCGUCAUCACGGAUGUGUCCAGCGUACGGACACGCGGACGCGGCAUGGCGCUAGUUGGCGUUGCCUUCUCGCUGGGUUUUAUUGUGGGUCCCAUGAUUGGCGCCAUGUUUGCCAUAUUUUCGGAUAAAAGUGCCAGUGGAGGCGCCUGGUUUGUUUUGCCCUCUCUGCUGGCACUGGGCUUGGCGCUGGGCGAUGUGCUUCUCCUGGCGAUCUGCUUACGUGAAACUUUACCUCAGGCCAAACGCGCUCGUGAAAUUUCGUCUGCGCUGUCAUACGGUCUGCAAUUGCUCAACGUCUCUUCUAUAUUUAAAUUUGCCGCCAUCAAAAAUGUGCCUAGAAAGGAUACGCAGGCGCUACGAACCAUUGGAUUAAUUUAUUUUCUUUAUCUUUUCCUAUAUUCGGGCUUGGAAUUCACAGUUACCUUUCUGAUGUACCAUAAGUUUGGUUACAGUUCAAUGGAUCAGGCCAAAAUGUUUUUGACUACGGGCCUCGUCAUGACCCUGCUGCAGGGUUCGGUGGUGCGUCGUCUGCCGGAAGCGAAGAUCAAGAGUUAUGCCAUAUUCAGUCUAUAUUUAAUCGUGCCAGCAUUUGUCUUAGUUGGCCUGGCGCAGACUAGCCGUAUGCUCUAUGCGGGCAUGAUAUUAUUUGCAAUCUCCACCGCUUUUGCCGUUACCUGUCUGACCACUUUGGUGUCCAAGUACGGCAACGAUGAUCAAAAGGGUUCAGUAUUAGGUAUAUUCCGUUCGCUGGGUGCUUUGGCACGUGCUUUGGGUCCAGUUGUGGGCUCUAUAGCGUUUUGGUGUUUGGGCUCGAAAAUCACAUACAUUGCUGGUGGACUCCUGCUUUUCUAUCCAGCAUUAGCUUUGCAACGUGCGCGUAUAUGAACGUGUUUCAAAGUGCUUUUAGUACAAUAAGAACAAAGUUUUAUAUUUUUUUUCUACAGAACAAUCAGCAACCGCUAGUAUUACUUGCACUAUAUACUUAAUAUACUCUUUUUCUACCGCCUA